AUUAUGUCAACUCUUUUCCAUAAGUUAAUUGUAGACGCGGUUAAAUAACUGUUAUAUGAAAAAGUAGGAUUGAUUUGAUUGAUUAAAAUUGCUUAAUUGCAGUUUAGUGCCUGUAAUUGAAAUAGUUAGAAUACAAUAACUGUCCUUACCGUGAUAGUGACGCACCCACUGUUAGAAUCAUCUAUUCUUCAUUUAGCAUUAAGUGUUCAAGACAGAGAUCAUACAUAUCCUUUGAUAAGUUUUGAAGAAACAAAAUGAGCGAAGAAACAAAAAUGUAUGAAAAGUUAUUAAAACGGGUCAACACGUUGCUUAUUAUGGCCGGUUGUCAUUUUGACGAAACAGAUGCAAAACGUACUGUCAUACAGCGUUUCAGUAGUAGAAGGUAUUUUUGUUUCAAUAUGGUUAUGUUAACCAUUCACUUGAUAUGUGAUUUUACUUGGCUUGCCCUUGAGUAUAAAAGGGCGAGUCUAAUAGAACUAACAUAUUUCAUACCAUGCGUGACUCUGAGUUUGCUGGCUUGCACAAAAUCAUAUUUAUUAGUAAAAAACGGGGAGCACGUCAUCGAUUUAAUAAAAUCUACUAAGAUAUUGCAAGCCAUAUCUGGGAGAUUUGAAUUGAGAACAAAGACAGAGAGAGAAUCGAAUAAAAGCGUGACAAUACUCACAGCAUUCAUGAAUUUCAAUCUUGUAUUGUACAUUCUGGGCUAUAUAUUGUUUGCCAUAGGCCCAUUGAUUUUGACGGGUGUUUUAUACAAAUCGUCUGGGAAACUUGUAAUGCAAAUACCAUUCGUAGCUUGGUAUCCAUUUGAUGAAACUGAUAUACGAUAUUGGCCUAUUGCUUAUUUUCAUCAACUUUGGGCAGGAUUUUUUGAUGCGUCUUCCGUCCACGGAUCUGACAGCUUCUAUUCCCUAUCCUGCGUUUUCCUUCAAAUUCAGUUCAAAACGCUGCAAUAUGAUAUAGAGCAAAUUAUUCCUGAAGAGACAAACAUUAAUACCCCAGAAUUUUACAAAAGCUUUAGAAAAAGAUUUAUGCUUAUAGUUAUGAGACACCAGGAACUAAUUAGGUGCGUAAAUGUGCUCGAGGUGAUUUAUUCAAAAUCUAAUUUGUGCAUUAUCGCCGUAAGUUCCAUUGUGAUUUGCAUCAGCGCAUUCAAUUUUACGACAUCUGAUGAUAUAAUCUGGAGGACAAUUUUCUUAGGUUUUUUCAUCAUGUGGUUACUUCAAGUUUUUUCCUUAUGUUACUAUAGUAACCUUAUUAGCUUAUCUAGUACGGAAGUUAGUAAUGCUAUUUAUAACAGCUACUGGUACAAAGCUAACGCAGAAGUUAUGAAAGACUUGCUUUUCGUAUUGAGAAGGGGACAAAAGCCGUGCAAGUUAACCGCAUGGGGCUACUCUGAUCUCAAUUUGGCAGUCUUCAGUAAGAUAGUCAGCACAUCUUGGUCAUAUUUUGCUCUGUUGCAAACAAUGUACAGUGAAUAA